ACAGUGAAAAGUUACCCUCGCAUCCGCAUCCGUGUGUAUUUUCAAUGAAGGCGCAGCAGCAGUUCCGAGUGGUGACUUUUCUUCGGCUAGGUCAAAUCGUGUUGAACUUUUAGCUCGUUUUCACGCGUAAUAGGUUACACAAACAGUUAAAAUUUCCAUCUGAUAAAGGCUUCAAUUGUUUACCACAGUUUGGAUGGUUAACGGGGACGAGCAAAAAUAAGCGAAAGAACUUACUCAAUCUUUGUCUUUUUAAACAUUCAUAUCUUUUCUUCGGGGCUUCCGUAGGAAGAGUGAACGAAACACGUAUCUGUGGAAACAGCUUGGUUGGUCACAGAAGAAGCACACUAAAGAAAUGACCUAUCGGGAGGCUUCGCACGCCGGAAGUUGGUAUACGGACUCAGGCACGGAAUUAAACCGACAACUUUCCAAAUGGUUGGACGAUGCAGAUUUAAGCUUCGGACCGGCCCGUGCAAUUAUUGCUCCACACGCUGGUUAUCGGUACUGUGGAUCAUGUGGUGCCUGGGCAUAUCGCCAGAUUAGUCCGGCUGUGGUCAAGCGUGUCUUCAUUCUGGGUCCGUCGCAUCAUGUUCGGUUGUCACGUUGUGCUCUUUCGGCCGCCCAGUAUUGCCGCACCCCACUGUACGAUCUCAAAGUUGAUCAACAGAUCAAUGCGGAACUGGAAGCGACUGGUCACUUCAAGUGGAUGGACCAGAAAACAGACGAGGACGAACAUAGCAUCGAGAUGCACCUUCCAUACGUGGCCAAAGUAAUGGAAGACUUCCGGGAUCAGUUCACCAUUGUUCCAAUCAUGGUCGGCUCGAUUAGCAGCGACUGGGAGGAAACGUACGGUAAAUUGCUCGCUCCCUAUCUGGCAGAUCCCCAGAAUCUGUUUGUUAUCUCCUCUGAUUUCUGCCACUGGGGGGCUCGCUUCCGGUACACGUACUAUGAGGAAUCGCACGGUCCGAUCUACAAAUGGAUCGAAGCGCUGGACAAAAUGGGUAUGGAUCAGAUCGAAACGCUCAAACCGGACGGAUUCGGAGAGUAUCUGCGAAAGUACGAUAAUACCAUCUGCGGCCGCCAUCCAAUCGGUGUGUUGCUUCAGUCCGUGGAAGAACUGAAACGACGUGGCUACCGGAUGAGUUUCAAGUUUCUCAAAUACGACCAAAGCAACCAGUGCUGUGAUAAAAAAGACUCCAGCGUUAGCUAUGCCUCAGGAUCGUUGAUUUUUGAGUAAAGUAGUGUAAUAGAAGCUCACAGCGUGCUGAGAACAACGAGAGAUUGUAAGAUUGAGAACCAAAAUCUGUAUGGAAAAGGUUUCUAGCAUGCGUCAAAACAGUUUUGUUAUUGUUAAUUUGGAAGAGAAAAAGUUGCUUUUCGAACAUUUUUUUUUCGCACCUUCUACCAGCGAUGGCAGUUGUUAGUUUUCAGACUCUAACAGUUUUAUGCAUGUUAGUAUCUUCUUUUCUAUGGAUUUCUAGUGAGAACAAAAUAUUCUGAGGCACCGCUGAACAAAAAUAUAUUUAAAAAAUAUUACAAAUCGAGAGGUCAUAGAGUUUUUAACAAAUAUUUUUCGUCAUUUAAAUAAUUAAACAAUUAUUAUUUAUGCAUUAUCAAUCAAUAUCUCAUCUUUUUCAAGUAGUUUGUAAGAGAAUAGUUUUAAGCAACAUUUUUCCAAUAUAUUCGAAAAUCGCAAGUGUCUCCUAAUUGUUUUGACAUAUGCAUAAUCAAUCUACCUAUUCCAAAUUCGAGUUGUUCUUUUACAUCAGGUAAUUUACAAUGUUAAGCUUCUGUUUAAUAAUAUGUCUGAAUUCUGUCAUAUGUUUGCAGCUGUAUUCUUGUGAAUAAA